GCCGUCACACUGAUGGAGUUUUUUCAUCUCCGAACUCGUAUCGGUAAGUGAUGCCCUCUUGUGAUGCCAUACGUGUAAACACAGAUGCUCUUAAAUUUCACACGUGACUGAUUCCUUCCAAGAACCCGGGAGUUUUUACUAAGAAAUGCUCAGGCAGUUGUUGGAAUUGAGCACGACGUUUCGUAAGAAUCUCGUUAAUCUCUGUUGAUUUUUCGUCGAAAAGCUUUCAUGAAAUCAUUUCCAUGGCGCUGAAUUCAAAAAGUAUAUCUUUUACUUUGUUUUCCUUUGUUUCAUAGUCAAAAGGCCGGUGAUCGGUGCAAAAUACAUGCCGGGAAUCCGAAUUUUAUUCAAGCCGUCACAAAUCCCUGGUAAUCCGUGAUCCAUUCGACCCCAAAAGUCAGAAAAACCUGCAGAAAAACAACAUACUGAAGUUAAAAAAGUAUUGCAUUACAUUCAUCGCUGACUGUAUCACAUGAAAUAGCAUUCAAUGAAGCACUAAAAGCAAUGUAGUUAAAGACAACUAGACAGAAAUACUCAAACCUUGGUCCAAUGCUGCAGGACAAUGGAUCUACUCCUUGUAGCGAAGAUAUUUCACGUUGUAUGUGUUAUGAACGUGGUCUUCAAAGUAACACACUCCAAAAAAAUUUACGUGUCAAAUACGGCGAGAGAAGAUACGAAGUCUUGUGGUAAGAGUGAGGAUAAUCCAUGUCAAACUAUCAAAACUGCUGGUGUGAACGCAGACGACAAUGAUGAAAUCACAAUAAUAUCAACGCAACUGAAAUACCAGGAUUGCCCAAUAUAUGUGCGCAAGCCUCUCGCUAUCAGAGGGUUUCGUGGCAGACCUGUUAUAGACUGUAGUGGUAAAGAUGCUUUUAUAUUUACAUAUACUGAAAAAAUCAAAGAGAAGCCGAACAAUCAUCCGCUUAUUAAAAUUGAAGUCUCGAACGUAGAAAUACAAAAUUCGAAAGCAGGUUUCUCGUUUUGGUCAAAAACCAGUGCUACGAACCUACGCUUAGAGAAUGUAACAUUAACGAACAACGAAGUUGAUGUCAUGUGGAAAAAGGCUCCACUUUGUUUUCUAGUUAUGACAAAUGUACUAGCCUUGGGACGUUCUGGAUAUGCAGUAGAAAUAGAAAGUUGCGAUAAAACUACGGUGUUGUUGGAAAACACAAGAUUCAGUGGAAAAUACCUUAAAAUUAUAUCGACUAUUGAAAGUUCCACUUUAAAGAUCAGUAUGAAAGAAACAAGGUUUGAUAUGAGAAAUCGAGACGAAGGAAUUCUUUCUACUGAGAAAACAAAAGACCAUCAGUUUCACUCUCCAAUGCAAGUCGUAACCGCACUGAAACAAACGAUACUUAAUAUCAAAGGUUCAGAGUUUUUAAAUCACUUUGGAUACAGAAGUAGUAUGAUGAACGUGACAGCAUUUCAAAAAUCAAAGACGGGAUAUACUUCUGAAAUAACCAUUAUUUUUCAGAGUGUAUCAUUUAGAAACAAUACAUCAUUACUAGGUUCUGGUGGCGCAAUCUCGUUUAACCUCUCAUAUAAACAAACCAAGAAGAGAAAGCAACUUGUACUUUUCAAAGAUUGCGAGUUUUCGGGCAACUCAGCGUCUAACGGUGGUGCUGUUUGGUUCUCAGAUUGGGUGAAAAAAUCCGUCCAGUUUAUCGAGUGCACUUUUAAAGAUAACAAGGCACACGGGAAAAACACUGGCAGUGGGGGAGCAUUGUCUGCAUUCGGUGGCAAAUUCUCUAUAACAAAAUGCAAAUUUGAAGGUAAUACAGCGAUAAAAUCCGGUGGAACCUUAUACGUUUCUAACAUGAAGGUGACAAGUAUUCGGAUAACGGAUUCAGAUUUUCAAAAUUUGAAGUCUUCGUGGAGCCGCGUGGAAGGAGACGUGAUGUACUUUAACGAUGUUCAAGCAAUUUUUCGGGGCAGAGUUGUGUUCAACCUGAGUUCAGCUAAUUCAGGGGAAGCAAUGUUUUUAUUCGAAGGCAGGCCUGCGAAGUUAGAACUGAGUAAUUCAAGUGUUUUCAUCUGCCCAAAAGGUUACAAUUAUGAUCAGUCCAAGUACACGCUCGAAACCGGACGGAACAAGCAUAAUUACUUCCCAACGUAUCAUUUAUUUGCAUUCUCAUGUAAACCUUGUCAAGAUUUGUUUUAUAGCACCACGCGUGGUAGCUGGGUAGUGAAUGGCACAGAGACACGCGGGACUUGUCACGCGUGUCCUUACGGUGCUUCAUGUAACGGAACUAUCCGUGCCAGGGCGAAUUUCUGGGGUCUAGUAAACGGAAAUAAGGUUGAAAUGAUCCCAUGUCCAAAAGGUUACUGCUGUGAACGUGAACCAUGCGAAAGCUAUGAUACUUGUCGUACGCACAGAACUGGAACUCUAUGUGGUCAUUGUUCGGAUGGUUUCACAGAGGGGAUGAGUUCAACGCAAUGUUUCCCGAAUGAAAAGUGUAAUGGAGCUUUCGUGUGGGUAUGGUCAUUCAUUAGUGUUGCUGGAAUAUUCAUUUUUCUUUGUUUUCAUCAAGAGAUUGUGAAGACUUUGGUGAAAUGGUCUCUUUGGAAUGCCGAUGACGACGAUGAAGACGAUGUUAUCGAGUACAGGGGAAAUGAAAGAAAUCACAACCUUAACGAAACAGAGCAGGAUGAGUCGAACAGCCUGUUAUCAGGAAAUCGUGAUGGGCAGCCGAUCAAUACAGAGUUCAGUCUUGAACUAAGACAUGACCGACCAGACUACACUCACAUCGACGAAAGCGGUGAAUACAACAGCGGUAGUGGUUAUAGUAAAGUUUUAUACUAUUUCUAUCAAGCUGUUCUUCUUAUUCGUCUUUCUUCUUACGUUUCCAGUUCUUCAUUUCCAAAUGUAGUUAUCGAUUUUUUAACACCUUUCCUCAACUUUCAGUUUACCAACAUCUGGACUUGCGCUGGUGAUAGUUUAAGGCCGGUCAGAAAGGUUUUCCUGAAAAAUAGUGUUGUUUAUUUCAUAUUAGGGUUUUCGUUGAUCACUUAUGUUAUAUACAGGCUUGCAAGAUAUCAAAAAGGGAUAAAUACAGACGAUCAGCCCGGGUUUCAGGCAAGGUCGUACCCAGUUCGUUUGGUAGGCACUGUCAUUCAUGUAAUUAUUUUGUCAUAUGUCGCUCAAACACAAUGCGUCGCACAACUUCUGAACUGCGUUGAAGUCGGUGGUAAAGAUGUCCUUUACAUAGAUGGUUCAGUUACAUGCUUCAGGCCUUACCAAAUUGGUGUAUGGAUUUUCUUUGUGUUCUACAUUGUGUCUUUCCCCCUUUCUCUGUUCGUUGGUCUUCAGUUGCUUAUUUCGAGACGGAUUUCAUGGAGAGAGUUUAUGAUAUCUUGCUUCCUUCCGUUUUUCUGUCUUCUUUAUUGGUUAUACAGAUAUCACAAACACCGAAAUGGCACUAGAAUUUGGACUUCAUUGUCUGGGAACAAUAAUCCUUUCGAGGCAAAAAUUAUCUACAUAAUAAGGCAUCCCUAUAAAUCACGUAAUUUUCCAAAUGCUAAAAUAGCAGAGUACUGCAGCGAAAAUUGGGAAGCCUUCCUAAUAUUCCGCCGUUUGGCACUGGUUCUAGUGUAUAUUUUUGCCAAAUCGUUCCUUCUUCGAGCUUAUUUGUUCUUCAUCGCCUCAGUGUUGUUUCUGCUGGCCCAUGUAUUUGUUCAGCCAUAUGAAGAUAACAAAGUGAACAAGCUAGAUAACAUAUCUCUGGCAUUAAUCGUGUUGAUAUCUGGUCUUAGCAUUGCAGAAGCGGCGUACAACAACGCCGGACAACUUGUUCCACACGAUGUUCAUUUGCUUCAAUACUUCCAAGAUUGGUUUUUGGCUAUGUUGCCAUUUUUUUUGCUCGGGAUGUUUUUCUUUCCCAGAGUGAAGCAUUAUCUUCUCCGCUGUAUGAAAAAAUCCCAAAGUAAUCCAGUCGCAACUGACAAUGUUUCCGAAAUACUGUCCGAUCCGUUCAGAAGAAGCAAGACAGCAAAUGAAGCUUCACCACUGACCACUUGAACCGAGGUUACGUGAAGUGUGUAAACGUGCGUGAACCAUCUGGAUUCCGGAAAAGAAACAAGGCUAAUGUGGUAACUGGUGAGCAGGUACUGCUGGCUCAAACUGCGGUAGCAACCAUAUUUAAGGGGCGAAUUGUACAUUAGAAUUAACAAUACGUCAACGACCAAUAAAUUUAUUGCAUUUACUUUAGUUAUUUAUCGUUAAAAGACCCUUCAAAUAUACUACAUCUUUGAGUUGUAUUUUUAGAGAGUAGUACUUUAGCUAACGUAACGUUCACGACAUUGCUGUGUUUGUCAGACGUUAUAAAACACGCUGAAUACAAAUGUUAAAAUGGCAUACUUGGCAUGCUUAUUCAAUUAACGGACUAAUUACGGUUGCAUACACUGUUAGUAAUCCAAUUUUUGUGUUUGCAUUUGAUCGUUUUAGUAUGUAUUUUGUGUUUGUAUUUGAUCGACGUGUGAUGCGGGAGAUUGGUGCCUAAAAGUAGUUUUGCUUGAUCAGCGGUGUCGCAGUGUCGCUCAUCUAUUAAGGCGGAUUUCCACUU